UGGGGCGGCCGGCAGGGGGAUCGCCGCCGCCGCCGCCACCUCCUCCGGGAGCGGGCCGAGGGGAGCCGGCCGGGAGCGGGGCCGGGCCGGAGCGGGCCGCAGAUUUUGUGUUCCCCUCGUGCUGGCUGCUCUCCCCACCAUGGCUGCUGGUGAAGAGUUCCCCCCUGCCCUGCAGGACGCGUGGGGGGACUUCUGGCUCUUCCGUUUCUUCGUUAAUGCUGCUGGCUACGCGAGUAUUGUGGUGCCAGGAUUCCUCCUCAUCCAGUACUUCAAGAGAAGGAACUACCUGGAGACAGGCCGAGGCAUUUGCUUCCCUGUCAUCAAGUCAUGCGUGUUCGGCUCCGAGGUGAAGUCUGUACACCCGGACGAUGGCUCCCUGCCGCCCCGAGCAGAGCCCAUGGAGUCCUCUACAGCCCGACAGGUCCUGAAGCUGCUCUUCUGUGCUGCUGGUCUGCAGGCCUCCUACCUCACGUGGGGCGUCCUCCAGGAGCGCGUGAUGACGAGGACGUACGGUGCCACCGAAACGGACCCCGGUGAGAAGUUCAAGGACUCCCAGUUCCUCGUGUUCAUGAACCGCAUCCUGGCCUUCACGGUGGCCGGGCUGUACUGCGCCCUGACCAAGCAGCCGCGCCACGGGGCCCCCAUGUACAAGUACUCCUUCGCCUCCCUCUCCAACAUCCUCAGCAGCUGGUGCCAGUACGAGGCGCUCAAAUACAUCAGCUUCCCCACCCAAGUGCUGGCCAAGGCCUCCAAGGUGAUCCCAGUGAUGAUGAUGGGUAAACUGGUGUCCCGCAAGAGUUACGAGUACUGGGAGUACCUGACGGCUGCCCUCAUCUCCGUGGGGGUCAGCAUGUUCCUGCUCUCCAGCGCUCCCAACCGGCACGCCUCCACCGUCACCACUUUCUCGGGCGUAGUGCUCCUGGCCGGCUACAUCAUCUUCGACAGCUUCACCUCCAACUGGCAGGACGCCCUCUUCACCUACAAGAUGUCCCCCGUGCAGAUGAUGUUCGGCGUCAACGUCUUCUCCUGCCUCUUCACGGUGGGCUCGCUGCUGGAGCAGGGCGCCCUGCUGGAGUCGCUGCGCUUCAUGGCUCGCCACUCGGAGUUCACGGCCCACGCCGUGCUGCUGUCGGUGUGCUCCGCCUGCGGCCAGCUCUUCAUCUUCUACACCAUCAACCAGUUCGGCGCGGCCGUCUUCACCAUCAUCAUGACGCUCCGCCAGGCCUUCGCCAUCCUCCUCUCCUGCCUCAUCUACGGGCACACCGUCACCGUCGUGGGCGGGCUGGGCGUAGCCGUCGUCUUCGUGGCGCUCUUCCUCCGCGUCUACGCCCGCAGCCGCAUGAAGAAGCGCAGCAAGAAGCUGCCGCCCGGCGAGACCCCCGCGCAGAAGGUCUAGGGAGCUGGGGCCGCGGCCUCCGAGCUGCGCCUGCUGUCCUGCCUCUGCUGGGGGGGCACUCGCUUGAUUUCUCGGACCCCGCCGAGGAGCAGGGUGGGGUACGGGUAGGCUGGACCAGUGACUCGCUUUUCCAACUGCUUUUCCUGGGGAAGGGGCUGCAGCGAGCCCAGGCUGCCACAGCUCCAAACCUUUCUCUUUGCCUUAACGGGUCAGAGGCUUCCAGCCGAGGCACAGGCUCAGCCCCGGGGGAAAACCAGCGUGGAACUGCUGGUGCGCCUGCCCCGCUUGCGCCUCGUGGCUUCCCUCCAAGGUCACUGAUUGAACAAGGGAGCUCUUUUCCCGGCCCUGUCUUGCCUGCGGCUGACACAUCUCCGUUUCCGUCACUACUACGGAGCUCAGCAGGAGGAAGAAAAACACUAGCUCUGUCUUUGAAACACCUCUGCAACGAGGGAAGCGCCGAGCUGAGCCUGUGCCAGGGCUGGGAGCAGUAGGACGGAAGCUCCCAGCCCCUCCAGCCCCCUCUUCCCAGGAGGUGCUCCAGGUGGGACAGGCACGGCUGUGAGGCAGCCUGUCCUACCCCAGGCCUGGGAUCUGCUCUGGGAGAGCUGGAGUCGAAGCCAGGGCCUCCGUUUGGGUUCGUCAGUCCCUCGCCCCAGCUCCACGUCACUUUUCUUCACGCCUCCCAGUCCGGGCUGACGUUUCUGCAGACGGAGGCUGGCCGGCGCAGCUCCCGAGGCUCGCCGAGUUGCUGUCUGUUACUUUUCGGUUACAGCCGCUGCUGUUACAGGCCAAAGGCCGCAGCGCCCAGAACCCCAGCGUCACCUCCAGGCUGGCUCAGUGCAGUGGUUUCUGGGCUGUGUAGUUGCCGUUCAGAGAAGCACAACCACCACCCUCUUCAUUUUUUUCUUUUUUCCCCCUGCCAGCUGGAGGCAUUGACCCCAGCUUUCUUGGGGUCUUGCCAGAGCCCCCCCCAGUGCCUGGAGGGCUGCGGGACGGGGCAGGCAGAGCCCGCUGCGGUGCCUUGUCCCCGCUCCGCAGGGGGUGGAGCACGCGGGCACCAGCAGCAGGGGAAGGGGCAGGGGGGGGCCGCUCCCACCGCUCUUCCCCAGGAGCCCGGCUUUUACUGGCUGACCCUGUUCCUCCCCACGCGACCUGACUGACAAGCCAGCAGGUUUUGGUACUUUUGAAAGGCAACUUUUUUCUCUAUUUUAUUAAAUUAAAGAUAUGCUGCAUAUAGUACCCCGGGGGUAAGCGUUCCGUAUUUUUUUCUUUUCUCUGCACCUGGAAGGAGGGGAACAAGCCUCCCCAACCCCUUCCCUAGUCUCUCUGAGACAAAGCUUUCUGGGUUUCCUUUCCAAACAGAGGUCAGCCAGAGCUGGACCCGCAGCGACAAGGCGCCUCAGGGCAAGAUCCCUGCACACACAGCUGGGCAGCACUGCCAGGGAGCAUCGUCUCUGCUUACGGGCGUCAUAGGGAACAGGCUUUACGGGGUACACUUGUACCCAUGCCAGCUCCCCGCAUCCCAUCCACCCGCCCAGUGCACGCCUUGUGAAAAGCCUUGGCUCCAAGCUGAUGCUGUCUGGUCCUGGUGAGCAACAGGACCUUGGCCUAACACCCGGAAAAAUGGGAGAGGCAGGAGACAGAGGAGAUGAGGCACGGGAGCGGCCUGUAAGGGUAACAGACCUGGUGCUAAGCACAGCCCAGGCUUCCUAGCACUUGGCUCUCCAGUUUUACCUAAGCUCCCUUCUGUCACCCUUCCCUUUGCCUCCACUUAUUUGCUACAAAUUCCCCCCAAAUGUUUGUCACCCUCCCAGUGUGCUGCCAGCCUAAAAUAGAGCAGACAUUUUGGUUUUAAACAGCAGUUUCUCUGUGCCACGCUGGGAACGGGACCCUUUUCUCGUUUAAAACAGAUUGGAGGAACUGUUCAGGACGGAGGCCGGCUAGAACCCACUCCAUCUCGUGCCUGCGGCUGCUGGGAAGCAGCCAGCGUGACUCGGUGUCCCUUUCCCCUGCCAAACCCAGAAGCCGGCGUGGCAGAGGGCGACAGUCCCACACCUGGGGCACGACUAUAGUGCAAAGGGCAGAUGAACCGGAGGUGCUGCCCCGGGCCUCUUGGUCAUCCGGGAAACUGGAAAGUGAGCAGCAGGAUGCCAAGCCCAGAAGCAGCAGGACAGAGGUGAGAGGAAAGGUGGAGCCGAGCCCAGAGCAAAAGCCAUUUGACACCAGAGCUGCGCGCAGGCAGCCAAGUAGUCGUGAGCAGUCACUCCCGCCCCAGCCCCGCGCCGCAGGGAACAUGCGGAUGGCUCCUGCCACUGCGCAGCCCACAGGGCUGCUCGGAUUAGACCAGCCCACGGCAGCGUGCCCAGCUGACAGGCACAGCUUGAAAACGUUUGUUCCUGGGCUGAGCCGCUGCCCAG